UAAACUAAAAAUUAUUUUUCUUUUAAACGUCUCCAUUAUUUCCAGUAUCCAAUAUUUCCCACUGACCUACCUCCCAUAGACUCGUCAUAAUGUACCAUUUUAUAAUGUAUUUUAUAUAUUAAACUCUGCUUAUUUAUAGGCAAAUCUUGAUUAUCGAGGGUAACGUUAGUUUCCUCAACUCAUGUAAACGAGGGAAUUAUGAGACGGACAAUCUUUACGCUACCCAGAGGAAAAUGUAAAGAGUACGAAGGGCGAAAACUAAUAGGUUUCAGCAUGCUGCAUGGAUAAUUAUCUAGACAUUUUAGAAGAAAUUUUUUAUUUUCGGAAAGCUGUUCUAAGUAUCAAUGACAAAUAUCUCAAGGAUGUCAAAGUUAGCAUUCAAGAUCUGCGUCGUCGUUAAUUUCCUUGUCAUAUAUAAAGUAUCGAGUGUAUCAAAUGAAACGUCAGAACUAUGGGAUGUUCAAGAAUCUCCUAAAAGUAGUACGGUGUACUCACAACUAAAACACAAUGCUCUUGUUAGAGCAAUUUUUGUCCAACGGCAAGAAAGGUUACUGGUUGAAUGUAGCAAAAUUGUUGACAAUGGCUCAUGCGAUACGUCGAUUAAACCCGAAAUGCUUCAUCAUAUUUUGGUAGACGAGAAGCACAAAUUACUCUACUGCUUUGUUCCAAAAGUAGCAUGUACAAACUGGAAACGUGUUUUGAUGGUUGCCAGAGAAAAGACGACGCAAAAGGAUCCUCUACUUAUCCCUGCUAAUCUAGUCCAUUCAUCCAACAUGUUCAGAAGUUUAAAUACAUAUGCUCUCGCAGAUAUCAAGCAAAUGUUAUCGACUUAUAACAAACUUAUAGUAGCCAGACAUCCACUUGAAAGAUUACUUUCGGCAUACCGAAACAAAUUUGAAGUAAAGAAUAAACAAAGUUCAAACUACUUCCAAAUACAUAUUGGCAAACGAAUAAUUAAGAAAUAUAGACGCCAAGCCACAAAGGAAUCUCUUAGCACAGGAAACGACGUCACGUUCCAAGAGUUUGUGCAGUUUGUAACAGACACUGCUGAAAAUAGUACUCUAAAUGAACAUUGGAAACCAAUUUCAGAAUUAUGCCACCCUUGUGCUAUUAAAUACAAUUUCAUCAGCAAGUACGAGACUCUGGCUGACGAUGCGCUAGAAAUUCUUGAAAGAAUGGGGACCGACUGGAUCACAUUUCCUCCCAGACCACGAAACAGUGAACCAACGUCAAAAAAGUUAUGCGCCUAUUAUCCAAAGUUAAAAUAUGAGCAGCUUCGCAAACUAUCCGAUAUUUACAAAUUGGAUUUGAGGUUAUUUGACUAUUCGCUAGAAGAUAUUUUCGGAUUUUCCUUAGCGUAAACGAAAUUCGAACGAUGUCUUAACUUUUGGAUUUUACACUUUUAUACAAACUAUCUCUUGUACAUACAAAGAAUGUAAUAAAGUACGAACUUAACCUAAAA